AUGACCGUGGUUAAGGCAUCGUCUGACUGCGGCACGCCUCCUACGCUUUCAGUCGCGAUGCUGCCGCCAUCAUCUGGCCCACCUAUGAGGCACACUGUAGAGCACUAUUCUGACGAUGACGAUAACGAAUCAGUCGAUAGCAUAGAAUCUACAGAUCCUACCACUAUAUCGCAUGAAAGUGCGAAUCUCGAAGACCUUGUUCAUGUUCAGAACGAUGAGACACACCUAAUAAAAGAGUCUUCAGAAACAAUAGAGAGGUCAAUGAAUCGAGAGUCUGCCAAAGUUGCACCUUUAAAACUGGCCCAAAGCUCAUGUUCUGCGGCAUCGUCGGAACAAACUAGCCCUGAAAAUGUAAUAUUUAAUUUACCAGAGGAUUUAGAUGACAACGCCAAAAAUAUGUUAGAUGUUCGAGCGUCAUCUAAACCUGCUGGAACUACACGUGAUCUACAAGGGGCGAUAACAAAUACAAUGGAAGGUGACGAGGUUGCGAAUAUUAUUAGUGUUCCUAACCAAGCAACGACAUCUACUAGUAACGGCCUAUUUACUAGUAUCAAAAUGAAGGACGGUAAAGACGCCGACGCCAGCGAUCACGACGACGUCGAAUCACUUCCUGAUCCACAACUAUUCGUAAAGAGUAAGGUCGUAGAUGGAAAAGUUGCUCCAGGACCAAGAUUCAAGAGCAAAUUGCCUUUGGCGGUGCGACUACAUAAGGAUCCUCCGUAUCCGCCCCCAUCGUUCCCAUUACCAGCGACUCCUCCCGAAGAGCCGAGACGACCCAGAACGCGAGAGCGCACCCAGCCAUCGGGGGCUAAGGCCUACCGCCCAUUCCCACCUGAGCAUAGGAUUACCAGGCUCCCCAUAAUUAAAGCGUCUCCUCAAUCGAAUGAGGAAUCAACUGCCAAGAAACAGCCAUCGGAUGAAAUAUCUCUCCCGAAGGCAAACGUGGAAUCAUCCCAAGUCUCAUUCCCCACAUUUGGCAACUCCUCUUGGGGCUCAUCAUCACAAUACAGUAGCUCCCUCGAGUACAAGGACCCUAACCAACCAAUUCAAACUUCUGGAGUCGGACCCAAAGUUCCUACAGUUGUCAUCUCGAACAUCACAGCUACCGAGAGCGAGGCAGAUCUCAUUCAACAGCCCGAGAUGCCUACUGAUACCGGUUCUCCAAUUUUCUAUGGUCGCCGGAGAGGAAGAAAUGCGCCUCCGCCGAAGAGCAACACUGCACAAGAUCAUCCCGAUAUUCUGCAGCAGGUGAACAGUAGUGCCACAAGCAGCUAUGGUACCUCCGGUGAUGGUCAGACCACCUCAUUCACCCUGCCGCCAAUACCACGCUUAACUCCUUUCACAGCUUCGAAGCCCCCACGAGAAGUAGUCGACGCUACUGCAGAGCUUCGAAAACUAGCUAGCGACCCAUUACCCUCCGAUCAUGAACACCCCAAAGCACAGCGUCAAACAGGGCAACAAAUUCCUAGAAGCCAUCAUCCAAUGGGCAAUCUUGCUAGGCCUCAUGUUGGAUCAUACGAAGACACAGUAAUCUGCCACUCUCAAGUUCCGGCACCUAGCCGAGGUACCGACCGUAUCCACCCUUCCUCUGUCGUUGCCGCCAGCACCCCGAGCAGGCUCUUGACUCACGAAUUCAUCCGAAGCUUAAUCCAUACUGAGUUAACCGAUUUUCAGAAUGAUCUACGCACGAAGAGUGUUAGCCGACCUGGCGCUUUGGCGGAUGACGCCGAAAUUCAGGCGCAGAACGCUGCUGCUGAAGGAAGAAUUUUCGUUGCUGUUGUUGAUGCUAUCGCUCGGGAGGAUCGACUCGACCAAUUUGGCGGUAGCUUAGGCGAAGACCCAUUCUACGACACUGGUAGUAAUGAAGGUCUUAAUUACAUGCAUGGCCCUCAAACUCACGGAGUUGGUCGCGGACUUAAUCAUGGACACAUGACAGGUUUCCCUUAUACUGGCGUUUUUUCUCCGACAGAGGGUUACAACCACUCGGCAUCCACACACCACCCGUUUCCUAUCAUGCAACAACCGCCUGGCUUCCCAUCAUACCUCGUCCCGCCACCGACCCCAGCAACCAACGCACCACCCCCGACACAUCCCCAACCCCAGCAAUCUCCUCCGCGCCCCCAACCUGCCCAGCCGACUGCCCCUCCCCGAGCCGCACGCUCCUUAAAGCCGCCGCACCAACCCGAAGCCCCCCUCUGGGGCCCCAGCAGCGAAACCAUCGUGCGCCCCGCCCCCGGCCCCUUCCUAUACGCAGGCGCGGACCCAGAGGAACUCAAGCGCAAAGACGAAGAAAAGCGGCAAAAGCGACGCGAGCGAGAGCGCGACCGCGCGCAGAAAAAGGAGGAAAAGAACAAACAGAAGGCCAACGAGGAAGCGCUGAAAGAACUACGCAAGAGCCAGAGCCGCGACUCGGCUUCGCUGCACGGGAGUGCGGGCGGGACGUGGGGGAGUGGGGGGAGUGAGGGUGGGGGAAGCGUGGGUGGGGGCGGGAGCGCGAGUGUGAGUGGCAGUGUGAGUGCGAGUUUGAAGCCGAAGAGCAGUUUUGGCGGCUCGUUGCGUCGCGCGUUUAAUGUGCUCAAGAAACCGGUUGUGAGUGCGCCGGGUCCGGCGCUGGUUGAGGAGGAGGGAGAAGAGGUGGGCGAGGGCGUUAGGGAGAGUGUGGAGAGGGGCAGGACCCGGGAGCGUGGACGUGGACAUGGUCAUCCUGGUCAUGGUCAACAGCAUCCUGGUUCUGCCCCGGGCUCGAGCCACGGUCACGCUUAGGGCUUCGGUCUUGAUUGUGACUAGGAUGAUCGCGCUCGGGAGGUAGGCUAGGUUAUGCUCUUUCGGUUUCGGGGGUUAGGUGGACGGGCCUUAUCAUUUGCAUUGCUUUCUGGAUGUGCUUUUCGCUACUGGCCAAAAACGGGUGCGAUGGUCUGCUUCUGGUUUUGACAGAGGCGGCAGGCAGGGAUCCGAGAUGGACGUCCUAGGCUCUUCUGAUUUUACUGCUCGUACGGACAAGUUUAAUGCGAGUUUGAUAGUCAAUCCAUAGCUUCAGAAUUCAGGGCUUCGAUGAGCUAACUA